AUGAACUUCACUGAACUGCCCACAGAGAUCCAAGUUUCAAUCAUUAAACAAUUAUACCCAUCAGAUUUACUAAAUAUCGUUCAACAUAUUCCAGAAUGGAAACAUUUGAUUACUUCAGAUAUCUUUAGAAUUGUUACUAAUGAUCUUUCUGAACUUAAAUUGAAGUAUGGUCUAUCUGAUGAUUUUUACUUGGAUUAUAAAUGUAAUCUAGACCGAAAUGUUGAUCGUGAUACUUAUAGGAAGUUGCGUAAUGAGUAUUAUGAAAAGGAAACAAAUAAUACAGUUCUAGAUCCAUCUUUAUUAAAAGGUUUCAAAGGUGCUCUGCUAAUUGAGAUUUAUCAACACAAAGCAUCUUUAACCAAAUUUGAUGAUCAUUUAUUAGAGCACGAUCCUAUUGAAAUUUUUUGGCAUACUAGUACAAAAUGCAACAAGUUCGAAUUUCUCCAUGGGUUUGUUCAAGCAAGUCAAAGGACUAGAUUGAAAAAACUUAAAAUACUUAUUGGAGCUGAUGAUGAACUUAAUAAUAAAUCACAUGAACAAUAUGAAAUAUUAAGCCUUCCGCUUGGUAUAUCUUCUAACAAAUUACAUAUCCCAUUUGUUAAAUCACUUCAUUUUAGUUUUCAAGAACUUAGUGGUUAUUCACUUACAGAUAUGAAAACUGUUAUACCAGAUUUAGAAUCAGUUAACAUUGCUUUUGAGGAUAUUUAUGAUGAUUACAUUAACAAAAAGUUUCAUGGAUCUACUUCCACAUUAGGGUUGGUGGAAGAUUGGAAUGAACCUUGGGUUGAUCCUUCUUGGAGUGGACCUUCUUUGGGAUAUGAUAAAUCUGGAUUAGAUGAGUUUUUUGAAACAAAUGUUGGGGGGUCCUUCGAUUUUUUAAAAUAUUUCCAAUUAAAAUAUUUCCAUAAUAGCAGAUUUAACUUGUUUAAAAAUUUACAAUUAUCAAAUCUUGAGAAGUUGCUUAUCGAUUCUGCAUCAAUCAAUUCAAUUAAAGAUUUGGAUUUACCAAAUCUGAAAACCCUGGAUAUCAAGAACAGUGCAAUUUAUGAAAUAUCAAACUUGUCAUUAAAUUCUUUACAAAAAUUUUCAAUAGAACUUAAAUAUGCACAUCUCAUUUCAUUAAGAGACCGAUUUGAUCAUAUACGCCCAACAAUUCAGAAUAUGAAAUCAUCAAGUUUAAAAACGUUCAGUCUUACUAGUUCUUUCAAGAUUAAAAAAAUCUCAGAUUUGGAAUUCCCAUCUUUACAAACCAUCACAAUUAGAUCAUAUAAUGUCUCUAAUAAAGCUUUUGAACGUCUUAUUAAUUUAGCGUCCCCACAAUUGGAAAAUAUUAUCAUAGAGAAAUUCCUACUUGAUAAACUAUACCCAUUAUUCCAAAAUAGUCCAAAUUUGAAAAACAUCAGUAUAUCAUCAUGUCCAGAUUUUAACAUUGAAAAAAUGGGAUCUUUAAGUGCUUUAGAGUCAUUAAUUUUAACUGGUAUGCAAUCAAUCCAAGAUUUCAAUAAAAUUUCAUUACCUGCACUACAAAACAUGGAAAUACGAACAAUACCUGAAACUCGCCUCUCCAUGGAAAAUUGCUCAUUUAAAAAUUUGAAAACAUUAGCAAUUUAUAGAAAUUCAGCUUUAUAUUACAUUCAAGAUUCAACUUUAACAUUUUUGAAUAAUGAUAUUCCACAACUUAAGAAAGUAUCCAUAUCAGGUCAGCAAAUAACAAAUCAUUUUUCUACUGAACCAUAUCCAGAUUUAGAAGAGCUCACAAUUGCUAAACUGAAGUCCAUAGAAAUUUUACCAAGUAAUAGACUAAAAAUGCUUGAUCUUUCAAAGAAUCCCACUAUAAUAGAAAUAAACAAGAGUGAUCAAUUACCUAAUUUAAAAGAAUAUAAAAAACCUGGUACUAUAAAUCGAAAAGUAGGUAAGAAAAGAAGGAAAAAAUGA